UUCAUCUAAGACUAGUUGUAAUUCAAGCAUUCUUGUGUUACCUAGGAACACCAUUCUAGCAAAAACAACAAAGAUGGAAACCAUUUCUAAGUUUCCCUGUUCAAAUCAACCGGUAAGAUCCAUUAGUUUUCCUACUAGAGUACACCCAGUUGCAAAGAGAGUUGAAGCACUUCUAAACCACCUAAAGCCUAAUCAUUCUCAACCUGUGAUCUCAAGCACUAGUUGUUUGGAAGCUGAGACAAUUCAGAGUGACUUAGUUGUGCUUGCUGAGGUAUACAACUGCAUGGAGGAACUCUUCCAUUCUCCACAAACUCAACAAGCUCUUCUACGCUACCAUGAUGGGAAACUAGUAGAAGAAGCACUAUGUGGCUCCGUCACAUUGCUAGACACGUGUGAAUCCGCAAGGGAUUUGUUGUUGGUUCUAAAGGAACACAUGCAAACUCUUCAUUCAGCUACACGUAGAAGAAAGGGAGAUUCAAGCAUUGAAAGCAGCAUUUCUGCAUAUGAUGGCUUUAAGAAAAAGGCAAAGAAGACAAUUGCCAAACAACUUGGACUACUGAAGAGAAUGCAGAAUAAGGGUUGUUCGUUUUCUUUCUUGGAUCAAGAUCAGCAACUAGCAUUUUUGGCUAGAGUGAUAAGAGAAGCAAGCACCAUCACCAUCUCUAUACUACGUUCCGUGUUAUUAUUUCUUUCCAUGCCAACAACAUUUGGAACAAAAGGGUCCUCCUUGAUCUCGAAGUUGAAGCCAACGGUUUUGUUUUCUUCCCAGAAAGAACAGAAGAACACCAAUGGGGUUGCAGAUCUCAACAGCGUUCUUUGCUCCCUUCUCAGAAGAGAGAAAAACAGCGAUUCCAAUGAUGAACUUCAAAGGGCACUAGGAGUGUUGGAGACACUGAAUGUUAAUAUUGAUGGCCUUGAGGGUGGAUUAGAUUGCAUAUUUAGAUGUUUAGUGAAAAAUAGAGUGUCCUUUCUGAAUAUGCUAGCUCAUUAAAGUAAAAAUACACUCUUGUAAAUGUAAGAAUGAUCAUGUAGUUCCCAUUUUUUAAGGGUUUGCUCUACACAAAUCAGUACAUGUUUGAACAAGAACAUCAUGAUUGGUUCAGAAUUCUAUUAUAUCUUCUCAACAUUUCCCUA